CCGCCACCACCGCUAUUUUAUACGCCCUUGGUUUUUAACAGUUAUGACAUCAUAAUUUCUAUGACAUCAUAUUAAAUCAACAUUUAUGACAACAUUAUUCCUGUGAAAUCAUCAAGCUUGAAAAAACUCUUGAUGGAAGCUGAGUGAAGCAUCAUUUUUCAUGAUGAUGUUUGAUGUUCAAUAUCCCAAUCAUAAGAUUGAAAUCAACUUGUGAUUGCUGACAAAAUGCGCUGGGUGUAUACACGGAAUGCACAAUUGUACUGAAAUUUUGUGACUCAGACGUGAUGGCAGUACAAGCUUCAUACCACCAAGGUGAUGAACGGUUCAGAGGAAGUGGCAAACAGUGUUGUGCCAACUCAGCUGUGGCAAUUCAGUGCCUGUACAAGCUGACUUCACCAUCCAAUUGGACUUCUGACACUCUUAACCAUAUUUUGCUUGAAGGCGAUGCACUUUACAUGUCUCUGUCAGAGAAACAUGAUAUUGAAUAUUUUUGUUCUGAUGAUAUUUCCAAAUAUGUUUGUAAAUUGUCAUCCCCAUUACAUGGCUCAUUGAAUUCACGUCAGACAGAAGGGCCUAUGUACGUCCUUGAAGAUGCACUACAAAUCUUGAUGGAUGAACACAAAUGUGGGUGUCUAAUAACAAUUGGCCAAAGUAUGCCGGCUUAUUCAAUGGCCAUUAUUAAAGAUGCUAAUUCAUACUUUGUGUUCGAUCCGCACAGCCGCAAUGAAGUCGGAAUGCUUUCAAGUUCCGGUGCUGCAACAAUGACAAUACAUAAAGACAUACUUGCUGUAAAGUUGUUUUUACAGCAUCUCGCUGCCAGUCUCAAACUGGCCGAAACACCAUUUGAAGUGGCUAAGCUUUUAAAUCAGUGCGGUGUAUCAGAUUCUGACACAGACUCUGAGUUUUCAGGUUUUUCAGCCAUAAGUGAGGGUGAAUACACCUGUAAACUUUAUUUGGCACAUGACGCAAGUCACUUUUUAUCAGACAUGUCAGAUGUUUCUGAUGUAUCAGAAAUGUAUUGUGUUGAAGAAACAGACUUAGAUUCAAUUUCAAUAAUUCAGGAUUCAGACGUAGAGAACUUAAAUGAGAGUGAUGUGUUUUUAAACAAAAUUAAUCUUGAAAUUUUCCAAGAAUUUAGCUUUUCUGAUGAUGCCAAGGAUGAUAGGGUUGUUGAAACCAAUGAUGCUAACAUGGAAAAAAAUAAUGAUAAUGCUAAUGCUGCUGAUGAUGAGGAUGAUGAACAGGAUGAUAGUUUUGAUUAUGAUGGUUCAAAAGAUCCAGAUUAUGUGUUGGACAGUGAUGAUAAUGAUAAUGAUGAUGAUGAUGAUGAUGAUAAUGAUGAUGAUGAUGUUCCUUUGAUAAAUCUGAAAUUCAAAGGCAAAGGUAGACCAAAUAUCAAAGCAGUUAAUGUAGGCAGACAAGGGGAUAGUGAAGUGGAGAUUGGCAGUAAUAAGACAAAUGCAAUUGGGGUCGCUUAUAGUCUAGGGAACAGUGAAGGUGAGGUCAGCAGAUUAGGGAAUAGUGGAGAAGGGACCGGUAGUCAAGAGAAUAGUGUGGUAGAUAGGGCAAAGAGUAGUGAAGUUGAGGUUGGUAUUUUAGGGAAUGGCGAGGCAAGUAUUAAAGCGAAUAAUGAAGUUGAGGUCAGUUCUGUAGGGAAUAGAGAGGAAGGUAGUCAUAAUAAAAGUCAAGAUGGGGUCAGUAGUCUAGAGAACAGUGAGGCAGCUAGUCGAGGGAAUUGUGAAGUUGUAGUCAGUAAUCAAGGGUGUGGUGAGGUAGAUGGUCAUGGGAAUAAUGAAAUUGAGGUCAAUACAUUAGGGAACGAUGAGGUGGGUCAUUUUAGUAGUACCUUGACCAGUACAGACCGCACUGACCAGAUUGUAGGUAGCAACUUGCAGACCAUCAGUACAGACCAUACUGACCAUACUUUACGUAGUGUCAAUCAGACGGACUUUACUGACCAGACCUUACCAAGUGACACUCAGACGACCAGUACGGACUGCACAGACCAGACAUUACGUAGUGACGAUCAGACGAUAAGAAAAGGAACUCGCAAGAGGCAAAGAAAUGAGGUUAAUUGGAAACGUAAUAUUACAAAGAGACGAAAGAACUCUGGCCAGAGUUAUGUUUCAUCUUCAGGUAAAAUCAAGAGGGCCAAAAAGGUAAAAAAUGGGUGCGGCCAAAACUGUAGAAAAAAAUGUCAUAGUAAAAUAAGUCCUGAACAAAGGGAAGCAAUUUUUGAUGAAUUUUGGAAAUUGGGGUCUUAUCCUAAACAGAAAGAAUUUCUAUGCAGCACAGUGAAGGAGUCCAAAGUAAAGCGUGUCAGGGUAAGGGACACAAUUAUAAAAGAUAGAAAGAUGUCAAGAAACUACUUGUUUCAGGUCAAUGGACUCAAUGUUGAUGUAUGCCAACAAUUUUAUAAAGAUACACUAGAUGUAUCCACAACAACCAUUUCUACAGCUUUGCAUAGAGCUGCCCCACACAUUCACACAAGCUUUCCUGAUAGAAGGGGUACCCAUGCAAACCGUCCAAACAAAAUUCCUGAUGUCAUUAUACAAGACAUUAAAGACCACAUUGAAAGAUUUCCUCGGGUAGAGUCUCAUUAUUGUCGUCAAUCAACAUCUAAGGAAUAUUUGGAAGGGGGUUUAAAUCUUUCAAAGAUGUAUAGUCUUUAUUCCGAACAAUGCCAUGAGAAUAAUGUUUGCCCUGCAAAAGAAUCUAUGUACAGGUACAUCUUCAACAAUUCUUUUAAUAUUGCUUUCAAUUCACCCGCGAAAGACAGGUGUGAUUUCUGUUCUCAGUAUGACAAUAUGAACCCAGAUGAACAAAAAGCCAUUCAUGAAAAAUAUGAAAAACAUAUUCAAAACAAGGUAGCUGCCCGUGCUGAAAAAGAGAAGGCAAAAGAGGCCUCUCAAACUGACCAGUAUGUAUGUGCUGCAUGUUUUGAUUUACAGCAAGUAAUGCUCCUUCCAAAGGGCAACCAGUCUUGUCUUUACUAUUCAAGAAAGUUGUGCAAUUACAAUCUGUCUUUUUAUUCACUAGGAACUGGGGAGGCAUAUUGUUAUGUAUGGCAUGAGGGUAUUGCUGGACGUGGGUCUUGUGAGAUAGCUUCUUGUGUUUACAACUUUCUGCAGACAAUGGCUUCUAAGAGUAUAAAAUCAGUUGAAACAUUUUCUGAUAAUUGUGGGGGUCAGAAUCGCAAUCGUUUUUUCCUCACAAUGCUGUGGUACAGCAUGAAAACUCUGAAAUUUGAUUGCAUGUCCCAUAAGUAUUUGGAAAGAGGGCACACGCAAAAUGAGAAUGACUCGGUUCAUUCCAGUAUUGAAAAAUCAUGUAAAAACAUAAAAAUAUAUACCACUUCACAGUGGUGUACUUGCAUGCAAAUGGCGAGACGCAUGAAACCAUAUUCUGUUACUGAGAUGGGCUCUGACAAUUUUUUUGAUUUUAAACAUCUCAGUACCAAGGUACGAAAUUUAGAUAAGGACACCCAAGGUUUUAAAAUAAAAUGGAUGAAAAUAAAAACCAUUUCCUUCCACAGUGAGAAUCCUGACACUGCACAAAUACAAUAUGACUUCAAUAAACCAUGUGUGUAUCUGAACAUGCAGCCUAAUCUCAGAAACAAAGGAAAACAAUUGCCUUGCCUAAAACAACUUUUCAGGCCUGGUUGUAACAAGCAGACCAUUCCUCAUGUUAAAUAUUACAGUUUAGUGAAAUUGUGUGAAAACAACACAAUACCAUCUGCAUAUCAUGCAUUCUACAAAGAUUUGCCCUGUGAAUGAUAACCUAGUUGUAACUGUUGUUCUUUGGUUGAAGGUACCGGUAGUUCCAUGUUCUUUGUACUCUCAGCUACAAUUAUGCUCAAAGUUAUGCUUUAUAUUUUUCCUGUAGUGUUUUGUAAGAUAUCAUGGUAUAUAUAUUUUGCAACAAAAUUUAAAAAGAAAAUUUGACCUAUCUACUUCAAGUUAAAAAGUGCAACACAAUUCUCCAGUUUAUUAUUAUAUUAAAAGUGUAUGUGGGCUUAUCAGAAGCCUUUUUAUAUAUCAAUACUUUAAUACUGGGAGUGUGACAGUAAAAUUCAAGAUGAUGAUACUGUCAAUUUUAGCCAAGGUGUAGCCAUGAAAUUGUAAUGAUUCAUCAAUAUAAAAGAAAAAGCCAUGUAGUGAAAUAUGUUUGUCUCAUCGGUUAAACUUUUUGUCAUUUGACAAAUUUUAUUUAACUCACAUUAAAUAAUAUUAGCCGAAGUAUACUGUAUCAGUGUAUGGUUAUGUUGUCAUACUCCUCAAUGUGUGCCUGUUCCAAUGAAAUUAUUUUGUUCUGAAGUUUACAAAUUGAAUUUAUGAUUGUUGUUACAAAUAUAAUUAUGUUAAAUGAAAUACCAGUGUAAUAUUAUUGUUCAAAGUUGAUUAAUAAAUUAUCAAGCAAUA